AUGGGUGGAAAGUGGGAAGCUGCUGUCAAAUCACUCAAACAUCAUCUUACUCGAGCAGUGGGAAAGUCUUCAUUUACGUUUGAAGAAUUUACGACUCUUCUUACGCAAAUUGAAGCUAUAUUGAAUUCAAGACCAUUGGAGCCACUCACGGAAGAUCCAGAUGACAUGGAUGCACUCACUCCUGGUCACUUCUUGAUUGGACGAGCACUCAACAUGAUUCCUGAACCAGCACACAUCGAUACAAAUAGUUCUCGAUUGUCUAGAUGGCAAUUUUUACAACAACGUGUUCAACAGUUCUGGAAUCAUUGGUCUACAAGUUAUCUUCAAAGACAACUGGCAAUCACCAAGUGGCAACGCCCAACUCAUCAAAUUCAAGUUGGGUCACUUGUAUUACUCACCGACGAAAGGUUUCCACCAACCAGGUGGCCUCUCGCUCGUAUUAUCGCACUCCACCCUGGCAAAGAUGGAUUGACCAGGGUUGCUACGCUUAAAACAGUGAACUCAACACUCACUCGUCCAAUCACGAAGCUGGCACUCCUACCAAUUGAACCAGAACCUCAAGAAGAUGACGAAGAAUAA